GACCCCUACCGGUGCCUCGGCCUCGAGCGCGGCUGCGACGGCGGCGCGAUCAAGAAGGCCUACCGGAAGCUGGCCCUGCGGCACCAUCCGGACAAGAACGCGAACAAGACGACGGUGCUCUUCGCGGCGGUCCAGGCGGCCUACGUGCUCCUCAGCGACGAGUCGAAGCGCAAGGGUUAUGAUUUG